AUGCACCGAGGCACACCAGGACCAGGCCUCAAAGGCCUGAAGGGGGCCGAGGGCUCUGCUGAGGACUUGGGGGACUCUUGCCUGGAGGCCGGGAGAGAUUUCGGGGUGCUGAGAGAGAACGGCGCGCCCCGCGGCCUGGGCGAGGCAGAGGAGGUGGCGAACAGCAGAAAGCGCGCGCGGCCGGUGCGGUCCAAGGCUCGGCGCAUGGCGGCCAACGUGCGGGAGCGCAAGCGCAUCCUGGACUAUAACGAAGCUUUCAACGCGCUGCGCCGGGCGCUGCGGCACGACUUGGGCGGCAAGAGGCUCUCCAAGAUCGCCACGCUGCGCAGGGCUAUCCACCGCAUCACGGCGCUCUCCCUCGUCCUGCGCGCCAGCCCCGCGCCCUGCUGGCCCUGCGGACACCUGGAGUGCCACAGCCAGGGCGCGCGCGCCGAGGGCGCGGGGGAUGCGGGUUCCAGCUCGCCGCGGCCCAUGCCGCUGCCCGCCGGGCCCAGCCUUGCGCGCCGGGACCCCUCCGGCCCCUUCGUGCCGCGCUGCGCCUCGUGCUCCCCGCACACGCUCCUGGGACGGCCCAGGGCGGUGGGCGAGGCGCAGGGCUUGGCCCAGACCUCCCCCGGAAAUUGGCGCCGGUGUCCGGGGGCUCCCUGUGCCUGGCCGCGGGGAUACCUGUGA